AAAUGGAUCUCCAAAACCAUAGCUUUCAAUACUAAAAUGUGAUGAUUUGUGGGUACCAUGGAUUGGAAACCUCCAAUCCAUACAUUCCAAGGCAUUCCAGCCACCAUCACCAUCCUCCCUCGGUCGCCCGACGCUUCAAGCGUUCACCCUGGAAAAGUCGUGGUGCCCACUCCCGCUCCAAGAUGCUGAAGGAGGUGAACGCCGCAAGUGCCAACCAGCUGGACUCGUCACUUUCUGCCUUUGAGGGCAAGGGCCAGCACCAGCGUGGAGCCCAUCACCGCAACAGCCUCCCCCGGUGCAGGCGCCAAGGGAUGGGUUCAGCACGGCCGUCGCCAGCAUGGUGGAGAGGGGUAAAGCGAAUCAACACCAAAGGGGCGAUGAAGAGCCAGCCCUGUGUCGCUAACCUUCAAGGCUCCAAGGGAGCAGCGGAAGUCAAGCCCGAUGAGUUGGGCGCGUUGGGCUCAGGCUCUCACUCUGUACAUCACUAGCACCUGCCUAUGGCACUUGGCGCCGCGGCACGACACUGACACUUCAGCCAGCACCGAUGGCCAAAGGGCGCAUUCCAGCAGCUGCCGGCUGCAGGGACGCAAAAUUCGGUGAUGGGCUUGUAACCUCCCAUGUCUUUCGCAGAAUGCCCACACAGCCCAGCAGCAAGCUGCGAUUAGGCCAUGGUCCACGAGUCCAAAUUUGAGACAUCCGACCUUCUCAUUGACCGAUAUGGGAUCGAUGAAGGCGAGUCUGGCCUGCAGAAGUGUUGGGGCCUUCCGACUGCGAAAUUCGAAC